AUGACUAUCCCAUCAAGUUACAAGAAAAUCGUCUUAAAUAAUGCACCAAGUAAAGAAGUUAACUUGAAAUACGGUGAAGAAUCAUCCACGUUCAGAAUUGAACGAACAACUUUUGAUAAGAACUCAGUUAAAGAUGGAGAGAUGGUUAUUAAAAUGUUGUACUUUUCUAACGAUCCGGCCCAAAAGGGAUGGAUGCAAAAGGGAAUUGAUUCAAAAAGAAUGUAUUUACGAAUUUUAGAAAAUGACCCGGUUAUUUCGUUAGGUUUAGGUGAAGUUGUGUUUUCUAAAUCGAGCAAACAUUCGGUUGGUGAUAAAGUAACGGGUCGUUUUACAUGGGAAGAGUAUAUAGUCGUCAAUGAAGAACGUAUCACGAAAACAAUUGACGAGUCGUUAGGUUUACCUUUAACUUCGUACUUGUCUUCUGUUGGUAUGACUGGUUUGACCGCAUAUUUUGGGGUCACCAAGGUCGGUGAAUUAAAGAAAGGACAAACGAUUGUUAUUUCGGCUGCUUCUGGUGCCACUGGAUCCAUGUGUGUUCAAAUUGCGAAGCACAUUGUAGGGGCGUCCAAAGUUGUUGGUAUUUCCAGCUCUCCAAAAAAAUGUAAGUGGGUUGAAUCUCUCGGUGCUGAUGUAUGUGUUAACUAUCAUGACACAGACUACCAAAAGCAAUUAUCAGAUAUCAUUGGUGACGACUUCGUUGAUGUUUAUUACGAUAAUGUUGGUGGUGAAAUCUUGAGUUUUAUGCUCUCCAAAGUCAAGCAAUUCGGCAAUAUUGUUGCCUGUGGCGCUAUUUCUGGCUAUAAUGAUGCAGAAAAGGGUGAAGUUACUGGUUGGCCUGAGAUUACUAGGAAUCGUCUCACCAUUCGUGGCUUUAUCAUAAUUGAUUUUAUCAAAGAUUUUGCUGAAGGCAUCAAUGCAAUUGUCGGUGCAAUCAAAGAAGGCAAAAUUAACAUUACCGAAGACGUAUCUGUGGUUGACUUAAGUAAAGAAAUCGACGUUUUGGCAAAGGUUCCCGAAACAUGGGGUCUAUUAUUUAGUAAUAAGAAGCCAAAUGGUAAAUUGGUUACAAAGAUUGCCUAG